UUACGUGAAUCGUUUUUUUUUCUAAAAUGAGGCAUUUAAAUCGAUUUUAUUUUGUGCCAGUGUUUUUAUUUUGUGUAUGGGCAAGAAGUUUACAUCAGGAAAAUCAGAAUGCACCGCGGCCGUUAUUCGACGAACACAAUAAGGAGCACUGGAAGAUGCAGGCGCAGUGGAUUUUAAAAAAUAAGGUAUCAAGUACGUUAAAUAAGAGGACCGCAAAGAACGUGAUCCUGUUCCUAGGCGAUGGUAUGAGCAUCACCACGCUGGCCGCCACACGGGUCUACUUGGGACAGAAGUACGGCCACAUGGGAGAGGAACUGAAGUUAAGCUUCGAAGCAUUCCCGUACACUGGGUUAGCAAAGACGUAUUGCGUGGAUAACAACGUAGCUGACUCAGCGUGUAGCGGUACUGCUUAUCUAACUGGCGUGAAGGCAAACAGUGGGACUGUUGGAUUGAGUGCUGCAGUCAAACGAGGAGAUUGCGAUGGACAGAGGGGAGGAAUACACGCCGUCACUGGCCUGAUAGACUGGGCACAGAAAGCUGGGAAAGCCACUGGUGUGGUAACAACAACUCGAGUGACACACGCCACCCCGGCAGCAUCUUACGCGCAUGCAGCGGAUCGGCGCUGGGAGGCGGAUACCGACCUGCCACCUGACAGCCAUUGCGAGGAUAUAGCCCUGCAGCUGAUUAGAGGAAGUGUAGGAAGCCAGAUUGAUGUUGUAAUGGGCGGUGGAAGGAAGAACUUUCUCUCUCGCACAUUGAAAGACGCUCAAGGCAAUCAAGGAUACAGAACUGAUAGCUUGGAUCUGAUAAAAGAGUGGCAGUUCAACAAGAAGUCGCGCGGCGGAGCACCAAAAUACUUGUACAAUAGGACGCAACUUUUGUCUCUUGAUUUCAAAGCAUACGAUAGUUUAUUGGGUCUCUUCGCAAGCGAUCAUUUACCAUACCAUUUGGAGGCGGCUGAAGAUGUACCAGUUCUAAGUGAAAUGACUCAAAGAGCUAUACAAAUGCUGUCAGCUAAUAAAAAUGGUUUCUUCCUCUUUGUUGAAGGUGGACGAAUUGACACUGCUCAUCACGAGACAAAGGCACGUAAGGCAUUGGACGAGACAGCUGAAUUAGCCAAGGCCGUUGAAGCAGCCAUCAAGAUGGUGAAUCCUGAGGAGACCCUGGUUAUCGUGACGUCAGACCAUAGCCAUACUAUGACGUAUAGUGGAUACAGCAAACGUGGGACAGAUAUAUUAGGAUUUACUAAUAGAUUGAAUGCAUCAGACAAUUUGCCGUAUACGACGCUUAGCUAUGCCAACGGGCCGGGCUACAAGCCGCACGAGAAAUUUCAAAGACACAAUCUUAUGAUGGACGAUAUGAACAAUCCCGACUUCACGUACCCUUCCUUAGUACCAAUAUCACGAGAGACUCACGGCGGUGAAGACGUAGCGGUAUUCGCUAAGGGGCCUUGGUCACACCUCUUUACAGGGAACUACGAACAGAAUUUUAUACCACAUGCGAUCGCAUUUGCUGCCUGCAUCGGUCCCGGUUACACUUCUUGUAAAUUAUGAGUCGCAGUUGUGAGUUCUGAGUAUGAGUUUUGAGUUUUAUCCUGAGUUUGAGUCUCAUUGUGAGUCCAGAGAUUUCUGUUAUAUGUUACUUUGAUUAGUGAUUUCUCAAUCUAUACACGUUGAAAAAUGUGUGACCAAGUUAUAAGUUAAAAAUUAUGUUUAAGUAAAAUG